AUGACAUACUGUUAUGUUGAUGAUAUAGAUGCAUCUUUGAUUGUGUUGCACAUGCUUCAGUCAUCUUCAAAAUAUUUUCCUGUACCUACGAUGAUCGAUGGCGAAGACCUGAAAUAUAAGCUUAACACUUUGAAUAAAUUAUCCACGAUAUGGGUUGACGAUAACUUAAGUGAUAGCUCGUAUCAGUCUGCAAUUUAUAAAGGAAUAUGUGAUAUGUUUGUCGAAAACGUAUUUCGGCAUGCACCACUGCAUUCGUUUACACCCGAUGACGAAAUCAACACUGAAAUGAUGUGGGAAUUGAAGCAGUUAUAUCCAGUCUACAAGGUGUUUUCGGCAUUUUUGAAUUUAAGUGGUUUUGACGAAGAAAAGCUAAUGCCAUAUGUAGACGAAACAUUCAUUAACGCUUUAAUGCGACGAAUGGACAAAAGUUGUGUGGAAACUGAAAGAGAUUGCGUGAUAGAGAUAUUAUUUCUGCUGUUUAAGAAAGCUAUGUACCUGAAAAAAUACAUACUUCAAGCAACUAUAAACUCUCUCUUAGACUACGGCCUGCAAAUGUCAAUUAACACGGGCGUUAAAGAAUUGCUGGAACUGUUCAUAACUUUAAUAUGUCACAGAUUGGUCGAGUCGCCGAUGAUAGCUAAGGUGUUGUCUCCAUUACUGAAGAGUAAAGAGCUGUGUCAUUACGCGGGCMGAUUGCACGAGUGCUUUGAAACGGCCAUCCGCGAAGUGGACAGCGGCUUGGGCGCGUUUUUCGUGGACAACGCUAUCGACCAGUGGUCGGCGUCCGCGGCCGACGUGCCGUCGCUGUGCCGGACGUUUUCAGCGUUGUACUUUGAAGCGUGCGGACCGAAAGCGAGGAGGCAGACCCGCCAAAGAGUAGUCRGCCACAUAGGCGGUUGCCUGUUAAGGGCCGCGGCGGUGGCAGUCGUGGACGGUACGGCGGUGGCCGCGUUUCAGGCGUAUGCUAAGUUAUGUGAACGGCUGAUCGACGACGAGGCCACCGUUGCCGCUAACGAAUGGCAAAAGUGUGUCGAUGGCGACGCAAUGGAGCGCGUGGCCGAAGGGCUGAUCGCCGUCCAUCGGGACCACAGUGAUUACGACUGCGUCCACCUCGCCGGCCAUCUACUCAGGCGACUGGUCAGCGGCGAACGCUGUUUGGUUGGCGACGCUUGUCGGCUGGCCGUGUUAAGUGUUCUGGUUGAAGACCGACCGCGGACGAUGACCGAAAACCUUGUCGAUAGCACGUUUUGA